UCUUAGCUUCUUCCAUGUCGUUUGCUUUUGGGUCUUUAUUUUAGUGCAGAGCUACACCAGUUGUUUUCAUCUGACAUGAUCUAGUGUUGCUCCAUUUUGUUUUGUUUUAUGUUCUUAAAACUUGGGCGAAACUUGAGAGCAGAUAUUUGGGUGUAGACUAGUGCUGUUUUUUUUAAUGGAAAAGGCAAUGGAUUGGGAGCAAAGCAUGCUUUUGAGUGAGCUAACACAGGGGAGAGAAUUAACGAAUCUGCUUAGGAAGCAUCUGCAUUCAUCUUCAUCCCUUGAAACACGUCAAGUCUUAGUUGAGAAAAUACUCUCUUCCUAUGAGAAAGCUCUUUCCAUUCUGAAUUGCAGUGGUUUUAUGGUUGAAACUCAACCCAAGGGUAGCACCGUAGGCUCUCCUGCUUCCAUUGCCUAUAGCAGCCAUGGAAGCGACGCCUCUGAUGAAAAACAUACGUUUAAAAAAAGAAAAACAUGUUCGGGGUGGAGUGAGCAAAAAAGGGUCUGCUCCGGGACUUCUUUAGAGGGGCCUCUUGAUGACGGAUAUUGCUGGAGGAAAUAUGGGCAGAAAGAUAUUCUUGGAUCCAAUUUUCCAAGGGGAUAUUAUCGGUGCACUCAUCGGUACUCGCAAGGUUGUUUAGCUGCUAAGCAAGUUCAGAGAUCGAACGAGGACCCUACGAUCUUUGAGGUGAAAUAUCGAGGAAGACAUACCUGUAACCAAGCCACUCAUUUCGAGAAAGGCGAUCAUUCUGGACAAAAGCAGCAACUUGAAGAGAAGCAAAAACAAUCAAAGGAAACAGGGCUCAAGGUUAAAACAGAGGACUUGGACCAUAGAGACGAUAUAUUUCCUUCGUUUUGUUUCCCUAUUGAAUCAGGAGAAGUUGAAAACGGGUUAUCUGUUAAGUCCCAAAUGGAAAACGACAUGGCAUUUGUGUCUCCAGCGGCAUCUGAUUCCAACUAUUUUUCAGUGUCACCGUUCCAAACGGGCAGGUUCGGUUUAGGCCAAAAUGUGCAGACUUCGGAAUCCGGGUUGACAGAAAUAAUAUCUGCACCAACAUCGGUUACGAAUUCCCCAGUAGUAGACCUGGGUAUUGCAUCACUUGAGAAGUUGGAAUUCGAUCCGAGCUUCAUGUUUGAUUACUCUGAAUUCUUCUCUUAAAGUAGUGCACUAGUUUUUCUUGUAUGGGAGAUGUUUUGUUUUCCCUUCAUUUGCUUUUUGACUAGUCAUUUCACUUAAUUAGGAAGUGUUGAGA